UACAUUCGGCUCAUCCUCAUGUCGUUACCGAUCACUUGCUGAUAUUAUAUAACGCAAACGCUGUUUAGUUUAUAUUAGUUUUUAAGAAUUCACUUAUAAACUCUGCCAAAAUGAAUGAAGAAUUUAUAAUUGGAAGGAGUUUUGGAACAGCUGAUUAUAUCGUGUUUGGAGCUCUUAUAGCAAUAUCUAUAGCAAUAGGAAUAUUUUUCGCUAUCAAGGACAAGAGACACAAUACAUCAGUGAACUACUUUCUGGGCGACAGAAAAUUGAAGGCGCUUCCUCUCGGUUUAUCUUUCGUGGUGACAUUUCAAUCAUCAGUUAUAAUGCUAGGUUCUCCGGCUGAGGUGUAUGUGUAUGGACUGCAAUACGCUGUACAAGUUAUAGGAGUAAUGGCAUCAUUUUAUCUGGCAUCCUUAAUUGUCGUGCCGAUUUUCCAUCCGUUGAAUGUAACAAGUGUGUAUGAAUACUAUCAACUACGAUAUGGAACAAAAUCUGUCAGGUAUCUGGGCGUGGUUUUAGGUGUUUCCUACUAUACGUUAUACAUGGGUGUUGUUUUAUUUGGGACUGCAUUAGCGCUUCAGUCUACCACUGGGUUACCAAUUUGGAUAUCGAUCGUUACAUUUGCUGCAGCUGCGACUUUAUACACGUCUAUAGGAGGGAUAAAAGCCGUCAUAUGGACUGACGUGUUCCAGUCAUUUGUCAUGCUCGGUGGAAUCUUAGCAGUGAUCAUCAAAAGUACUGUAAGUGCUGGAGGACCUGCUAAAGUUGGCCAUAUAAGCAACGACCGCAUCAACUUAUUCAACUUUAACCCUGACCCAACGAUCAGACACACAUUCUGGACAUUAGUUAUUGGGACCAUUCCUCAGUUUUUCUACCCGGCAAUAACACAAGCAGGCGUUCAGCGCAUAAUGUCCACACCGCAUUCAAAUGUUGCCAGGAGAAUGUUGUAUAUUGCAGCUCCAAUCUAUUGUAUUGUAUGGGUAGUGGUAAUGUUCGAAGGACUAUCUGUAUUUGCAUAUUAUAGCUUAAGAGGUUGUGACCCUUUAGCGUCCGGUCAAAUAAGUAACCCAAAUCAGAUAAUACCAUUUACUAUACUUGAAAUGUUUCAUAAUCUUCACGGAAUGCCUGGUUUGUUUAUUGCAGCUCUUGCAGCUGCUUCUUUGAGCACUAUUUCGUCGGGAUUAAGUGGACUCGCGGCAGUCACAUGCGUCGAUAUAUUGAAAGUUCUUAAACCGGAUAUUAACGAUCAGAAAUCAACAAACAUAUCUAAACUUUUUGUUGUAAUGUAUGGAAUCAUUUCAGCAUCCGUCGCAUUUUUUCUGUCUAACGUAAAGGGUCCUCUAGGUGAAAUAUUGGCUGGUUUUACGGGGGCUGUAGCGGGACCUGAAACAGGAAUGUUUCUUGUUUCUGUAUUCUUUCGUCGAAGUCGACCAAAAGCCGUUUUCUUUGCCACAUGUGUAGGAUUAGUAGUAAGUUUAUGGUUAAUAUUUGGACAAACUUUCUCCUCAGAUUUAACAAGAACCCCCUACCUUCCUCUUGGACCUACGGACGAAUGUCCAACCAGUAAGAAAAAUGGGUCUUAUACUAUUUAUUUGGAAAAUACACAAACGAUCAAUACCUCUACAGUAUCAAUAGCAUGGUCAUCAGCUGCUUCUAAAGCAUUGGAAAGUAAGCAAUUGUCCGGAUUGAAAGUUUUUUAUUCGAUUUCUUAUAUGUAUUUUCACUUAAUUGGUACAAUUAUAACAAUAAUUGUGGCAGUAAUUGGAAGUAUUAUUCCCCUACCCAUACAGAAGCAAAGGGCAAUGGUAGAUGAAAGAUGUAUUCUCCCAUUAUCUAUAUUUAUUCCGUCUAUAUGUAGGAGGAUGUACAGGAGAAAAGAACAGGUCAAACUAAAUGGUUUUGUUGAAGACGAAAACGAAGAUAUGUUAAAAGAAGAAAAAAGCACAAGUAUCUAAGAGUAAUUGACAGUCAAGCUGUGAUAUUUCGUAACAAUAUCUAUAGAGAAAUUAAUUAAUCGUUUGGACAAUAUUCAAAGCAAGCCUUACAUUUAAGGGUGAUAUGAAUAAAGUUUGCACUAAAUUGCAUAAAAGAGAUAUAUUGAGUUAAGUACUGUUUUUAUAUUUUUUUCCAAACAAUCAACACUCGCCAUUACUAACUAUAUAUGCAACAGCAUUAAACAUGUUCUUCAACCUUGCUCCGUCCUCCAGAAACAAACAUCAGAUAAAUAUGUUUCAAUAAUUACUUGUAGCAUUUAAAGUACUAAUCCUAAUCACGGCAUAAAUGUCAGAGAACUGUUACUCCAUAACACUCUGAUUCCCUCGCAGACAUUUGACGGGUGUGUUAUUAUUUAUUCUUGCGUACCAGGCGGGGAAUUCCGGUAUUUUACCGGUGCUGGAAAAAUCCAUUUUACCUGGGGUGUAAGAUGGCUUUAAAUGUAAAUGUAUGGCUGUAAAUGACGUAUAACGAACUACAUAUUUGUAGACGAGAAUUGGAACCACUGCCUUACCCUUGCAUGAUCGUAAAAGGCUACUAAUAGGGUCUUAACACUUGGUUUUGCUUUAACUCUGUGAUUCCAGCAGGUAUGCAAAUUUUGAUUCCAUACCUCAUGUUUUUAUUUCGAUGUAAAUGAGAUGUGAAACCAAAAUUUGUAGUCCUGUUUGGCGCCAUAUAACCUUUACUAUAUUUGUGCGCCGUAAAACCCAAAUAAAUAAAUAAAUAAGUAGACGAUUUAUUUUGUAAUUUAUAGUUUAGUUGAAAAAACGGAAUAAAAAUCCAAUACCUUGA